CACAGACUUUUACAUCGUCCUCCCGUUGACAUUUCAUGCCUUGUUCUUACCCAAUAGCACUUGAAACUGUUUUUGCCGUUUUAUUAUGGACUUCAGGGGGAGAAGAUAGGUUUACUAAACAAAAACUGUUGUAUUUUUGACUGAACCUCUGGGCAGGCGGCACAAAGAGGAUGUCUCAGCUACUGAGGCUUCUCUCGGCGGCCGCUCUGCCUCUCUGCCGGGCUGGAGGAGCCCGGUCUUGCUUCUCAGUGGUACCAGCAGCACAGCUCUUCACAGCCGGAUACCCGAGCUCCACUGCCCUGAAAGUCAACCGAACUCCUGCUAUCCUUUCCUGUCGCAGAUUUCUAUCAGCCCAGUGGCGACUCUACUCUACUGAGCCCAAAGAUGGAAAAGGAGGACCAGCAAAUGAAGGAGGAGGAAGAUCAGGUGGAGGAAAGAGAGGAGGAGGAAAAGACUGGUGGAGUCGAAUGCAAAAGGGUGAUUUCCCCUGGGAUGAGAAGGAUUUCCGCUACAUGGCGAUCGCCGUGGCUGGAGUGAGUUCAGCUCUGCUCUAUUUCUCCUUCCGAGAUAACGGCAGAGAGAUCAGCUGGAAGGACUUUGUCAAUUGCUACCUGGGCAGAGGCAUGGUCGAUCGGUUGGAGGUUGUCAACAAACAAUAUGUCAGGGUCAUCCUGGUGCCAGGAGCUGAUGCUGAAGUGAGUUACGUCUGGUUCAACAUUGGCAGUGUUGACACGUUUGAGAGAAACCUUGAGACAGCUCAUAUGGACAUGGGUCUGGAGCCGUCACACCGACCUGCUGUCAUCUACAGUUCUGAGAGCGACGGCUCUUUUCUGAUGAGCAUGAUCCCCACACUGCUGCUGAUAGGCUUCCUGCUCUUCACACUGAGACGAGGACCAAUUGGAGGAGGCGCUGGUGGCGGAAGGGGCCCUUUCAGCAUGAGCGAGUCGACAGCCAAGAUGAUGAAGGACAACAUCGAGGUGAAGUUUAAGGAUGUGGCUGGCUGUGAGGAGGCCAAGCUGGAGAUCCUGGAGUUUGUUAACUUCCUGAAGAACCCACAACAAUAUCAGGACCUUGGAGCCAAGAUCCCCAAGGGUGCUGUGCUGUCCGGACCUCCUGGGACAGGGAAGACUCUGCUGGCCAAAGCCACAGCUGGAGAGGCCAACGUCCCCUUCAUUACUGUCAACGGCUCCGAGUUCCUGGAGAUGUUUGUGGGCGUUGGUCCAGCCAGGGUGAGGGACAUGUUCGCCAUGGCAAGGAAGAAUGCCCCCUGCAUCCUCUUCAUUGAUGAAAUAGAUGCUGUGGGGAGAAAGAGAGGGGGAGGAAACUUUGGGGGUCAGAGUGAGCAGGAGAACACCCUGAACCAGCUGCUGGUGGAGAUGGACGGUUUUAACACUGCUACUAACGUGGUGGUCCUUGCUGGAACCAACAGACCUGACAUCCUGGAUCCUGCACUGAUGAGACCAGGACGCUUUGACAGACAGAUUUUCAUAGGUCCUCCAGACAUCAAGGGCAGGGCAUCCAUCUUUAAAGUCCACCUGCGACCAAUCAAGCUAGAUCCCAGUCUGGACAAAGACAAUCUCGCCAGGAAAAUGGCAGCUGCCACUCCAGGAUUCACUGGAGCGGACAUCGCUAACGUCUGCAACGAGGCAGCUCUAAUUGCUGCUAGGCACAUGAACCCCUCCGUCAACGGCAAACAUUUUGAACAGGCCAUCGAUCGGGUCAUUGGAGGUCUGGAGAAGAAGACUCAGGUCCUACAGCCCACAGAGAAGAAGACUGUGGCGUAUCAUGAGGCAGGCCACGCCAUCGUUGGCUGGUUCUUGCAGCACGCUGACCCCCUGCUCAAGGUGUCAAUCAUUCCACGGGGGAAGGGUCUGGGCUACGCUCAGUAUCUGCCCAGAGAGCAGUACCUGUACAGCAGAGAGCAGCUGUUCGACAGGAUGUGUAUGAUGCUGGGAGGCCGAGUGGCAGAACAGGUCUUCUUCGGCCGCAUCACCACCGGAGCUCAGGACGACCUGAAGAAGGUUACGCAAUCUGCCUAUGCUCAGGUGGUGCAAUUUGGGAUGAGUGAGAAGGUGGGGCAGGUGUCGUUUGACCUCCCUCGGCAGGGCGAGAUGGUCAUGGAAAAGCCGUACAGCGAGGCCACGGCUGAGCUCAUAGACCAGGAGGUCAGGGAGCUGGUCGAGCGAGCAUACGAGCACACCCUCCAGCUCAUCAAGGACAAGAAGGACCUAGUGGAGAUGGUGGGGAAACGUCUGCUAGAAAAGGAGGUGCUGGACAAAGCGGACAUGUUGGAGCUGCUGGGCCCACGGCCUUUUGAGGAGAAGUCAACAUACGAGGAGUUUGUGGAGGGGACGGGGAGCUUCGAAGAGGACACCAGCCUGCCAGAGGGCCUCCGACACUGGAACCAAGAGCGAGAAGGGGAGGCCGAGGAGACUAGCUCCACUCAGGACAGACAGCAGGCCGUGUAAAGCUCCAGUUUAAGAAAAGCAAAACGCAUCCAAGCUGCAAAAACACUCUCUCUGCUGGCUCAGUUUUCAAGAGUCUGGGAGGUGUGGAAAAAGUUUUUUUAAACAACAUGAUUUCAACAAUUUACUACCUUCCUGCCUUCAAUUUAUAAGGUCAUUUAGGAGCAGUAUUUAUUCAUUCAGCGAUACAAAUGAAGCAUUUAAUACCAAAAUUACUCACUGGGGUCUUUUUUUCAGAAACCUUACUUCAGACAACCUUCAGGCUCUGUACACUAUCUGCUUGAAUGUAGAAGUUAUCCAGAGAGGCAUCACUGAGGCAGCAAUGUUUUUUUUUUUUUUUUUUUUUGUACCGCUGGGACAGCAAUGUGCUCCAAAACAACUUAAGAUCCAUCAAACAGGAGACCAAUGCAUAGCGGAUUUGAAUAUUUCUGAGCUGAGUGUACAUGAUGCACAUUUAAACUGUGUGAACAUACAGACUUUCUUUUUAUUUAUUUUUUAAAAAGGGAGAUGUGCUCUCUGAUUAAUGUGUGCCUAACUGAUAAUAAAAAAGUAAAUGUAAAGAUA